AUGUCUUCUCAGCAAAAAGUCGAUCUUCCCUCUGGAUGUGGCAUCUGCGGCAAGAAUGACGGGGUCCGCCUCUGCUCUGCCUGCAAAGUAGUGCCAUACUGCUCUGUUGAGCAUCAAACUACCCAUCGCUCCGCUCACAAAUCCGAUUGCAACAGAAUCAAAAAGUGCCUCGUCAAUAUGCAACGAGAGGAAAAGGCCUUGCGCGAAGACCCUGCAGAUGAACUCACAAACAGUGUCGGUCAUUUCUGGAAGAUUCGUUCCACACGCCCAUACAUGCACACUCGUUUGGACUACCGGGCCGCCCUGACUUUCGUCAGGAACGUCGAAUCGGUUCGGGCGCAGCUCGAUCACCUCCAGGAAAACCUGAGACUGUGUCGCAGUGACAAUCUUGGAUCCCGCGAUCUCAUUCCCAGCCUGAUGGUCCGGUUGAACCAGGACCAGGAAUGCUACGAUUUCAUGAAGUGGUGGGCGACGUCCGCCAAUGACAAUCAUUACGAUUGGAGCAAUAUGUCUGUGCCAUACCUGGACAUCAAACACGCCAAUCCACUUGAGCAAGUGGACUGUUUCGUCAAGGGAUCCAUCGAUAUUGCACACCUUGUUACGUUGACUCUCGUUAAAAUCAAGCUGUACUUCAUCCUGUACGCCUCUUACGGAGCGCAAGCAAAACUAGGAAUGUCGGACAAGCAGCGAGCUAUAGUUGACGAGAUGAUGCAACUCAGGAAUUCGAGCAUCGCCAGACAUCCGAAUGUUGCCAACCUGACCUCCCUAGAAAUUGCGACUCAACUUGACAACCUCAAGGCUCAGAUUCGUACAUUAUAUGAUGCUGUUAAUUCAAUGAACCCGUUCGUUUGGCCAGAGUUCAUUGACCCCGACGAGUCCUUAAAUUCUGCGCCUUCGAUGUACAGCCCUGGAAGUAAAGAGGAGAUGCAAGCAGUCACUAUGUGGACCUGGCAGUCGUGGAAUGAGACCUUCGGCGCGCUUGAAUUCAUUUACUCGGUUGUCAAAGGCCAGCCGGUUGCAUUUGGACUGUAA